AUGCGUCUUCCGUACGUUGCAGACCCCACACCGACCAGCACACCGGACGAGGCCCGCAUCCUCGCCAGUGUCCAAGCCCGCCGGGCCCCAAACCCGCUUCUGCCUCUCGACCUAGCCUUAUUGCACUCAUUCCCCGUGGCAGAGGGUUGGAACUCAUUCAUUGGAGCCAUUCGCACCCGGACGACUCUUUCAACUGUCGUCCGCGAACUGGCUAUCUGCCGCGUUGCGGUGGUCAACGGCGCCUUGUUCGAGUGGGAACAGCAUGCCCCCCUUCUGAAAGAAGGUGGAUUGAGCGAGGAGGCAUUGAAGUUUAUUGGAGAUGCUCAGGCAGACUUCUCGAGCGAGGCUGCGUCAUCGGUCUUGAGUGCUGAUCAGAGAGCUGUGCUGAAGUAUACCGAUGCUAUGACUAAGACGGUUACGGUGCCUGAUGAGGUCUUCGCGGAGGUGAGGGGCUGCUUUGAUGAACGGGAGGUUGUGGAAAUCACGGCCACUAUUGCAGCUUAUAACUGCGUUAGUCGGUUCUUGGUGGCUUUGGAUGUUGGUGAGAAGAACCACCUGCACUGA